AGUUACAAGGUCAACUAUGCACACCUCGUACCUCCUAUAUUACUAUUAUUAGUCAAAAGUCCAAUUGUUAAGGAGUAUGACUUGUCAAGUUUACGAAUGGUCACCAGUAGUGCUGCUCCUCUUAGCACACGAUUAGUGACUGAUAUAUUUGAGAUUUAUAAUAUUCACGUCAAACAAGGAUAUGGACUUACCGAAGCAUCUCCACUUAUUACUCUUGUUGAUGAGAAAAAUAUUGUUCAAGGCAUCAUGAGAUUUGAUAUUUUAAAAGCCAAGAUAAUAUCGGAGGAUGGAAAAGAGUUGGGAUGCAAUGAACCUGGGGAAUUGUGUAUUCGAGGUCCUAAUGUGAUGAAGGGGUAUUUAAAUAAUAAGGAAGCGACGGACUCUUCAUUUGACAAAGAUGGAUUUUUCCAUACAGGGGAUGUCGUGACCAUCGAUAGUCAAGGGAACUUAUUCAUCGUUGAUCGUGUUAAAGAGUUAAUCAAAUAUAAG